UUCUACGCCAGGUGACGGAAUAAAACAAAAGCAAACACUUUUGCUGAUUAGAGGCGUCUGUGACGGCGGCUGCGACUUGGGAAUGGCAUCAGGACCGUACUUUGUGGGCGUGGAUGUGGGCACGGGCAGUGCAAGAGCGGCCCUGGUGACAUCCGAUGGGCGUGUCCUUGAGCAGUCGGUGCAAGCGAUCAAAACCUGGAACCCCGAGCCGGACUACUACAACCAAUCAUCCGAUAAUAUAUGGCAAUCCAUCUGCCAGGUGGUAAAGAAAGUCAUCGCUGGCGUCGAUAAGUCAGAAGUCAAGGGCAUUGGCUUCGAUGCCACUUGUUCCUUGGUAGUUCUGGGUCCGCAAGGAUCACCGCUGACUGUGAGCAAGUCCGGAGAGGCGGAGCAGAACGUAAUCCUCUGGAUGGACCAUCGUGCCGAGCAGGAAACCCAGGAGAUCAAUGCUUUUAAGAAUCCGCUGCUGAAAUAUGUCGGUGGUCAGGUUUCACUUGAGAUGGAGGUGCCAAAAUUGCUGUGGCUAAAGAGAAACCUUUCGAAGACCUUUGGUAAUAUCUGGAGGGUAUUUGAUCUGCCCGACUUCCUGACUUGGCGAGCAACUGGUGUGGAUACCCGUUCACUGUGCUCCGUGGUUUGCAAGUGGAACUACGAUGCCGCGAAUGAGAGUUGGAACGAGGAGUUCCUCAAGCAGGCGGACCUGGAGGAGCUUACCCGCAAUAACUUCGAGAAACUGGGCAGUGAUGUCCAGCCUCCAGGCAGAAAAGUUGGAAAAGGCCUUACUACUAAAGCUGCCGGAGAAUUGGGCUUAUCCGCAGGCAUUGUGGUCAGCACUUCUCUUAUCGAUGCCCAUGCUGGUGCCUUGGGAAUGUUUGGCUGCCGUUCGAAGGAAUCCAAGGGUGAUGACGAUGUCCAGGGAAAGAUGGCACUGAUUGCCGGAACAUCCACCUGCCAUAUGAGCAUCACUCGGAAGGCCUGUUUUGCCCAAGGCGUUUGGGGUCCCUACCAAGAUGCCAUUAUACCCGGUUAUUUCCUAAACGAGGGUGGCCAAAGCAUUGCGGGUCAUCUCCUGGAUCAUGUAAUUAAGUCACAUGAAUCCUAUGCUGAACUGAAAGCUGAAUUGGGUGAGGAUAAGUUUAUCUACCAGCAUCUUAAUAAGUUGCUACCGGAAUUGGCAGCUGCUCGAGGACUCAGCCAGAUCAGCUGUCUCACCCAGGAUAUCCAUGUCUGGCCGGAUUUGCAUGGUAAUCGUUCGCCUAUCGCUGAUCCGACGCUGCGAGGAGUGAUCACUGGUCUAGAUAUGACGCGAGGAACUGAAUCUCUGGCCAUCAAAUACUUGGCGUUUGUUCAAGCUCUGGCUUACGGCACUCGUCACAUUAUUGAGAACCUUUAUCAAUACGAAAGAGCACCCUUCCAAACGCUCCUCUUCUGUGGAGGACUGGCCAAGAAUCCUUUGUAUGUGCAAUGCCAUGCGGAUAUAUGCAAUCUGCCUUCAUUGAUUCCAGAUGAACAGGAAAUGGUUCUGGUGGGGGCAGCUGCCUUGGGGGCCGCUGCUUCGGGUCACUUUGACAGCUUGGAGAGUGCCUCCAAAGCCAUGGGUGGCACUGGCCAGCUUGUGAAGCCAAACCCGGAUACCUUAGAGUUUCACAACCGCAAGUACAAGGUGUUCCUACAGCUACUGGAGAACCAACGCCAGUACAGGCGCAUUAUGCAGGGAGACACUAAAUAAGUUUAACUUUUCGUUGUCAAGACUUUAAAUAAUUUUAAAAUAAAUGCCGUACAUGAGCAUUGUAACAAAA